AUGGCUGUUCACGGGCCUGCGGAGCAGCAGCAGGAGCAGCAGCAACAGCAGCAGCAGCAGCAGCAGCAGCAGGAGCAGCAGCAGCAGCAGGCUGGGCAUAGCAGCAACAGCAGCAGCAGCAGCAGCAACGGCAGCAGCAGCAGCAGCAGCAGAAACCUCCGCCGAAGACACGAGCAUAAAGUAGUGAUGCAGCAGCAGCAGCCACACCAUAAGAAGCGGCGACAGCAGCAGCAGCAGCAGCAGCAGCAGCAACAGCAGCAGCAGCAGCGUCAACGGAGGAAAGCCCAGCAUUAG